AUGGCCGAAGGGCUGGUGGAGGUUGCCAAAGUGCUUAAGUCGUUGAAGGAGAACGAGUCUUUCCAUGGCGCUCUGGAGCAUCCCAGCGUGUCCAAGGCGGUUGGUUGGCGCGAGAGCGCGGUUGGUGUGACCGGCGGCGUGUCCUGGGCCUUGGGGACGACGGCCUCGGUGAGUCUCUUCGCUGUCCAAUUCGCACGAGGAAACCCCGUCUUUUGCUCCGCGGAUUCGUAG